GACAAGCUACCAUCUCAAACAUAUUUUGCCGCCAAUUUGCAGUAAACAAACUAUUGUAUUGAUAAGAAUGGAUAAAUAUUUAGUUAAAAUGCCCGCAAAAGCAAAAAACAAUGAAACGCCCGAACAAAAAAUUGCUACAAAGAAGGAAACUCCAAAACAGACGAAAACCACCAAGAAGACGACUGAGAAGAUUUCUAAUAAACGGAAAAACGAAAAUACCCCUGAAAUAAAAGAUAAGGAAAACAGCGAGGAGUCAGAAAACCCGCCUAAGCGAAGAAGCAGCCGUUUGACGCGCAGCACACGCUCAAUGGCCGAGGGCGGGACGCCGUCGCCAGAGAAGGAAAUUCCAGAAAAAUUGCCCUUUAUAAAGUAUAAUGGUGCUAUUAAGUAUUACACUGAAAGUCAAGAGAUCGCAGCAUCAGCCGAUGAAGUCAUGCAAUGGGUGGAGAAGCAAACCGAUGUGGACGUGGUUCCCAUGGCCUUUGAUAUGGAGUGGCCUUUUUCAUUCCAAACUGGCCCUGGUAAAUCGUCCGUCAUCCAAAUAUGUGUGGAUGAACGUUGCUGUUAUGUUUAUCAGCUAAGUAACUUGAAGAAAAUUCCUGCUGCAUUGAUGGCGCUCAUUAAUCAUCCCAAAGUGCGGCUGCAUGGUGUUAAUAUCAAGGCCGACUUCCGGAAGCUGCAGCGCGAUUUUCCCGAAGUAUCGGCCGAGCCUCUGAUUGAGAAAUGCGUCGAUUUGGGUGUGUGGUGCAAUGAGGUUUGUGAGACAGGCGGCAGAUGGAGUCUGGAACGACUUGCCAACUUUAUAGCCAAAAAGGCCAUGGACAAAAGCAAAAAGGUGCGAAUGAGCAAGUGGCAUGUGAUACCACUGGAUGAGAAUCAGCUUAUGUAUGCGGCAAUUGAUGUUUAUAUUGGUCAGGUUAUUUAUCGUGAACUGGAGCAACGAGAGAAAGCGAAAACAAAGAACGAGAAAGAGUUUAUUGAGAAGAAUGGCGAUGCCGCAUUUAAGGCUGUCAAAGCGCUGGGCGAGAACUUUCUAUCCAAAAUCAAUGAGGUGACUUUGUAAGCCAAGUAAGUUGUUGCCAACUUACAAAGACUAUCUCAUUUAUAUCAUUCAAUUGGUCGAAUUUUAUGCGUAUUUUGCGAAACAAAUUUUACACAACUUCUAUAUACAUUUUUAUAUUAUUAACUUGCAAUAAAUUUUAUUUUAAAUUCGA